ACUGCCUCUCUCUUUCUAUAUUCGUCUACACAGACGACCGUCAGCAGAAUAAGCGUUAGAUUACUCGGUAAUUAGAAAGAUAAUUUCUGAGAAGAGCCGUUCGGGACUAAAGGAGGUCCAAAAGACUAACGCGGGCAUCGUGUCGGGGUGCCGGGUCCAUGGCCUGAUCUCUGUCGGCAGCGGAUCAACUAACGUUACAGCUGAAGCCUUCGAGAUGCUUCGAGCUCUCUGCAGCUGUACAAUAUCACCGAUACCGUCCCGGGGACACAGCUAUGCUUUUCAGACGGAGAGCCAGGAUGUUGCGAUGGCUGGUGUGUGGUCGGUUGGGUCCAGUUUGGAUGUGGAAAGCACUGCUGCUCUUCGUGGCUCUUGCAUUUGCUGGCCAGCUGCUAGGGGUCAUCUUCAACAAGAGCAGUGUCCAGCCAGCUGCCCGCUCCAUCUUGUUGUCCCGUAAUGCUCAGGGGCCGUCUCUGGGCUCCUGUCAGCCCCGCACCCACAUCAUGUUCCUCAAGACCCAUAAGACGGCUAGCAGCACUGUGCUCAACAUGCUGUACCGCUUCGGAGAGGAGCGGGACCUCUACUUUGCCCUGCCGUCAGGCUACCAGCUGGGCUACCCACUGCCCUUCAAUGCUCACAGAGUCAAAGGUUACCGAGGUCCGCGAGCCGUGGAGUUCCACAUCAUGGGCAAUCACAUGAGAUUUAAUAAGCCGGAGGUUGAAAAAGUGAUGCCUGCAGACACAUUCUACUUCUCUAUCAUCAGGGACCCGGUUGCUCUGGCUGAGUCCUCCUUUGCUUACUACAAGGAGGUAGCACCUGCCUUUCGGAAAGCUAAAGGCUUGGGCGACUUUGCUGAUGACCCAAACAAAUACUACGACCCUCGUCUCCGCAACAACCACUAUGCCCGCAACCUGCUGUGGUUUGACUUUGGCAUGGACAACAAUGCUAAUUUCUCUCUGGCACUGGCUCAGCACUACGAGGCCCUGAUCCGCCGAGCCUUCAAGCUGAUUCUAGUGUCUGAGCACUUUGACCAGUCCAUGAUCCUGCUGAGACACGCCCUCUGCUGGCCACUGGACGCCGUCGUCUCAUUCAGUCUCAAUGCUCGGCAGCAGAAGCCUAGCAUCGGGGGGAUAAGUGGGAGCUGGGUGAGCAAAGCUGUGGAAGUGGCCGGUGGCGGUGGAAGAGGUGGACGUUCGCAAGCCAAGACCCCACCCAAUCUGUCACUAACGGAGGAACAGCGGGAGAAGCUGCGGCAGUGGAAUGCCCUGGAUUGGUACUUAUACAAAGCCUUCAACCAGACCUUCUGGGAGGAAAUCGACCGGUUCGGCCAAUCUCAGAUGGAGCAGGAAGUAGCUCUUUUGAGGACGCGACGGGAUGAUCUGGCACGGGUUUGUCUCAGGGAUGGCGGGAAGCCUGUGGAGGCGCACCGGAUCCGAGACAAAAACAUCCGGCCGUUCCAGAGUGGAUUAGUGAAGAUUCUUGGCUACGAGCUUCAGCCCGGACUGGACAACAGCACCAGGACAGCCUGUCUGAGGAUGAUCAGGCCUGAGAUCCAGUACAAAGAUCUGCUGGAUGCUAAACAGUUCCCACGGGCUCCAGCAGCCCAAGCUCAGCUAGGACAACAGAGCCUGGGCCUGUUGGCAGCCAGUGGCUCUUUAUUAAAACGAGACCCAUCCAGGACAGGAGAGAAGCUGGUGGGGGGGGGGGCUGAGAGGAGGACGAUGGAGGAGGGGGAGAGAGACUGGGAUGGAAGCCGUUUAAUGAGGAGCAAUCAGACUUUGAUACAAGGAAAUGAAAAGCUGAGAUAGCUUGUGUUGAGUCUCAGUCCUAAAUACGGUACUUUUGGUCUUUGAACAGACGGACUAAUGAAACUGUAAACUGAGCCGCAUAUGGUUUACACAUACACACAAUGAAAAGUUCCUCCUUUGCACUUCCACUUUUUGGUGUGUUUUUUUUUUCCUAAAAAUGUUGUUUAGUUAGUGUAAUUCAUGUGGACUUGAGCCCUUGACUUCUGAGCGCCUGGAAUGCUUUCACGGCUGCAGUCACAACAGAAAAUGAAAGGACCACUUUGUUUUUUAUUAGGAGAGGCACUCUCAAAGUGUUGGCAGGUCCUUGUGCGGCUGUGGAAACACAGAAGCCUGUUAUUCCCUGUUCCUAUUAAUACUUUCAAGAGUUUAGAUUUUCACAUUGUGUACAAUAGUUUGAGUUUAUACCUUUCAGGAAUUACAAUUAGUAACUGUGCUAAACCUCUGUUUUUCUGAAAGAUAAAUCUGGUGAUCUUUGAAAAGCACAGGCCAUUUAAAAACAUGUCGCCCCGUUUUGAAUGUACUUCCAAAAUCUCAAAGACUCUUCUUGCAUACUGGAUGAAUAAAUAUUCUUUCUCCUGCACAAAAAUAUAUUUUUAAUCAGUUUACAAAGUUAUGACUAUUUCUUAAUUACAACAAAGAUGGUAGCUGGGAAUGUCAUAUUUUCUAGCUCAAUGUACAAGAUUUGAAACAUUUUCAGACAAAAUAAUGUGUUUAUAUUAUAAAGGAGCAGGGGAAAUAUGUUAUUUUUUUCCACCUGAAUGAGAAAUUAGAUUUGUAACUUGGGAAAUUGGUUAAAUCAGAUAUUUUUAUUGUUUUAUAUUCUAUUUAAUCAGAUUGUUAGAAGAGUCUUUGUGGCGAUUCUAAAUAUUGUAAAACCCCCCUUCUGAGUUUUACAAUUAUUGCUGGGUAUUUUUCAGAAAAGCAUAUGCUUAGCUCUGUGGCUCUAAGGUAACGGUAGUACUUGAGAGGCACAAACAGGGGUUAAAGUAUUUAAACAGCACUUAUUUCCCAUUGCUGAUAUGAUUUGUAAAGUGAGUGGUACUUUAUCAUAGGCAAAAAUAAUUUGGUGAAACAAACUAUUUCUUUGAAACACUUCAGCAACAAAGUCACUACAGUCUAGAACAGCUUCUUGAUCACCUUCCUAAAGACCUCUUAAUAAAAGAAAAUUAUCUGCUUCUGGGGUACUUAAUAUCCACAUUUGGGCACUAUCCUUCAACAUGCAUAGGCAUUCCUAUGGCAAUCCAUUUCUUUGUCAUGAUGUCAGGUAUAAAAUAUAAAAAACAAUAUAUAAAAAAAAAUUAUUUAGAUCAGUGUGGGCCAAAAUAAAUUUCUGCAUCUUUAUGAUGCAGCUGCUUUGAUUUAUUUUAUUAUAUAUUUUAUUUUAUAAUGCAAAAUAAUAUCCUCACCCAACAAACAUUCUGGCAUGCUCGUGAAGUUAAAUAACUGAAUUGCUGAGAAAUAGUCUGAAGUUGUGUAUAAAUCCAGCAAGACUGUGGUUUAACCUGACUUUCCUUAAUUAUAAGUAUAUAUAGUUAUCAAAUGACCUGUGACAGCUUGCUGUAACACAUGAGACCAUGGUUAAAAUGAUGGGUAUCACUAUGUCAGACUGGUGAUGCUGUUAGUCCCAAUGGUCCCCCAAAUAAACACCAGUUUUCCAAAAACGUCUUUAGAAGCUUAAACUUAUCACCAUCUCUUGAAUGCAGCAUUAGGCAUGGUUAUCUCAGCACUGUUGGGAGCGUGUCACGUAGGUGAGGAGAAAGAGUUUUAAAUGGAAUCUAAUCAUCACUAGCUACUACAUACUGUACAUAACAAACAACACAUGUCUACCUCUUUGUCAGAGACAUGUGACAAGUUCUUACUUGUUAGUCUUGUGCAUACACAGUCCAACAACACAGAAUUCCCAAAUUUGAACAGAUAUAGAAAUGUGCAUGUGUGUGCCUGCUGACAUUGUGUGACUGUUUUUUCUAGACAGCUUUUGUUGAGAGCUUCAUUGUUGUCCAAAACCUAUUAAAACACAUAAAUGGA